UUGUAUAUAUAAUAUAGUUGAAGUUGAUCUUAGCCGGGCAUAUUAUUUUUGUACACCGGCAGAUGACAAGUAAUCGGUUAUCGGCGGGCAAUUUAAAAAGACUAAGACGAAUUCUGUCCACGAGACCUCGUAGAGAUCGAUAACGAUUCGACUCCAGCGCAACACAACGUCAUGUCGGUGAUCAAUGUCAGCGGGAUCCAGUUGUCGUAAAUCCGCGGUAGCCUUUAUACGUGCUUGUGAUAAACUUUUUUAUUCUACCUGCUAUUUGGAUUUCACGUCACAAUGACGGACACAAUGCCAGUCGAAGAUACGUCGAAGUACGUUCUAGAAAUGCGAGGCUGGCUUAAUUGUCAACCACACCUACCCAAGGAUAACAUUGAUGACAAUCUACUUCUGCGGUUUGUACAUAGCUGUUACUACGAUGUCGAGAAAGCCAAGACAGCGAUGGACAGCUUCUUCAGCAUCCGAUUAUCAUGCCCCGAACUCCUCGAUGGCAGAGACCCUGAAUCGCCGGAGUUUCAGAAAGUUAUGAGUAUCCUGAACAUAGGUCAAAUUCAGACACCCCAGAACGAAUGUCUCUGGAUCUGGCAAUUAAAUGACCCUGGCCUCGACAAUUACGACUAUAUCCAGGACGCAAGAUAUUUUAUGUUAUCAACAGAUGCAUAUUUCAUGUCGAACACCUUUCUGCCAGAGGUAGACAUUGUUAUUUUAGACGCGAAAGACUUGAAUCUCAAAAUGCUAACCAAACUGAAUUUGUCCGUUGCUAGGAAAUUGUCUAAAUAUCAAGAGACAGCUCUACCGAUCCGUUUGAAACAAGUGCAUGUAAUUAACGCCCCGUCAUCGAUAGAUAAGAUUUUUGGUUUAUUAAAACCGUUUCUCAAAAAGGAAUUGACUGAUUUGGUCCACUUUCACUCUCCAAAAUCGAACGGCCUAUACAAAUAUGUGGAAAAGGAAAAUUUACCUACAGACUAUGGCGGCGUACAACCCUCGAUGGCUGAACAGCAUCAGAAAGUUAUUUCUAUCAUUAUGAACAAAAGAAAAGAACUGAUGAUCCAAAAUCUAUGGCGAGCGCUACCCACAGAUAAGAAAAAAGUUAAUAAUUCUAGCUCUUCUGUAUCUUCAUUUAGAUCGUUAGCCAUAGACUAAUAAAAAAAAAAAAAAAAAAAAAAUCAAAUAGUCGCCAAUUCGCAAAUAUUUUUUUAAAUUUUAUAUCUCCACAUUAUUUAUUGUUUUAACUUUAUUUAAAUACUUUUUUGUUAUCCCUAAUUGCUUCAAAUACUUUAAUGUAGCCUAGUAUUUCCAUUCAUUUAUGCUUUUUUGACCGUUAAAAUCAUGUUUCUGAAUAAAAUAGAAAAACCUAUGGACCUGUGUCUCGUAGGAAAUACAAAUGGUAUAUAAGUUGUACUGAUGAAAAAACUAAAUUAGCCAAUAGAUGGCGCUUUACAAGAUCUGCGGGACUGGCUUUAAAAUAGAAUGCUAAGGGACCAAGGUGUGGUGUAUAUGUCUCCGUAAAAUUGUAAACACCGAUAGAUCACAAUUCUUGAAGUGCAUUCAGUUUAUUUGACU